AACUCUAUGGUUAAGGAUCACUUCCGGCUCGUAGAUCACGCCUUCCGCUUCCGGCCCGCGCUCCGACGACGUUCCCUCUCCGUCAGUGUGGGAGUUUUGUGGUGCGGCCUUUUCCUUAGCCGGCUGAGGAAGAGGAGGACGACUUAAAAAAGGAAGAGGAGGGAGGGCCGCUCGGCCGCCCGCCGGGCCCAGUCAGAUUCUCCUGAAGAUGGCACUCUCCAAGCGGGAGCUGGACGAGCUGAAGCCCUGGGUCGAGAAGACGGUGAAGCGAGUCCUCGGCUUCUCGGAGCCCACCGUGGUCACAGCUGCCUUGAACUGUGUCGGGAAGGGGAUGGACAAGAAGAAAGCAGCCGAUCACCUGAAGCCUUUCCUGGAUGACUCCACCCUGCGGUUUGUCGAUAAGCUCUUUGAGGCAGUCGAGGAAGGCCGGAGCUCCCGACACUCCAAAUCCAACAGUGACCGGAACCGAAAGAGGGAGCUGAAGGAUGUGUUUGGCGACGACUCAGAGAUUUCCAAGGAGUCUUCGGGAGUGAAGAAGCGCCGCAUCCCACGCUUCGAGGAGGUGGAAGAGGAGCCCGAGGUGAUCCCCGGCCCCCCGACUGAAAGUCCAGGAAUGUUGACCAAGCUCCAGAUCAAGCAAAUGAUGGAAGCUGCCACACGGCAGAUCGAGGAGAGGAAAAAGCAGCUGAGCUUCAUCAGCCCCCCUGCCCCUCAGCCAAAGGCUCCGGCGGCUGCACAGCCAGAGCGCCUCCCCAUCGGCAACACCAUCCAGCCCUCCCAGGCGGCCACCUUCAUGAACGAUGCCAUCGAGAAGGCCAGGAAGGCUGCCGAGCUGCAGGCCCGGAUCCAGGCCCAGCUGGCCCUGAAGCCUGGCCUCGUUGGCAACGCCAACAUGGUUGGCUUGGCCAACUUGCACGCCAUGGGCAUUGCACCGCCAAAUGGAUCACAUGGGCAGAAAUGUCCCAUCACACAGGGAUUUGCCCCUUGUACGCGGAAAGUCGAGCUGAAGGAGCAGACCAAGCCAACGCCGCUGAUCUUGGACGAGCAAGGCCGCACGGUGGAUGCCACGGGCAAGGAGAUUGAGCUGACGCACCGCAUGCCGACCCUCAAGGCCAACAUCCGGGCUGUGAAGAGAGAGCAGUUCAAGCAGCAGCUGAAGGAGAAGCCCUCCGAGGAUAUGGAGUCCAACACGUACUUUGACUCCCGGGUCUCCAUCACUCCGGCCCAGCGGCCAAAGCGGACCUUCAAGUUCCACGACAAGGGCAAGUUUGAAAAGAUCGCGCAGAGGUUGCGGACGAAGGCCCAGUUAGAAAAACUCCAGGCCGAGAUUUCUCAAGCUGCCAAGAAGACUGGGAUCCACACCUCCACCAAAUUGGCCCUUAUCACUCCCAAGAAGGAGCUGAAGGAAGGGGAUACCCCUGAGGUGGAGUGGUGGGACUCCUACAUCAUCCCCAACGGCAUUGAUAUAAAAAACGCCGAUUCACUUAAAAAAGAGGACUAUUUUGGCAUCACGAACCUGGUGGAGCACCCAGCUCAGUUAAACCCUCCAGUGGACAGUGACAUGCCGGUGACCCUGGGGGUCUAUCUCACCAAAAAAGAGCAGAAGAAAUUGCGGCGGCAGACCCGGAGGGAAGCUCAGAAGGAGCUGCAGGAGAAAGUGAGGUUAGGCCUCAUGCCACCUCCUGAACCAAAAGUACGAAUCUCAAACCUGAUGCGUGUUCUGGGGACAGAAGCCGUUCAGGACCCAACCAAAGUAGAGGCCCAUGUCCGUGCACAGAUGGCCAAGAGGCAGAAAGCUCACGAAGAGGCAAAUGCUGCACGGAAGCUCACGGUGGAACAGAGGAAAGCAAAGAAGGUGAAAAAGCUCAAGGAAGACAUUUCGCAGGGGGUUCACGUAGCUGUUUAUAGAGUCCGAAAUCUAAGCAAUCCAGCAAAGAAGUUCAAAAUUGAAGCAAAUGCCGGCCAGCUGUACCUAACAGGAGUUGUGGUUUUACAUAAAGAUGUCAAUGUAGUGGUUGUGGAAGGAGGUCCGAAAGCACAGAAGAAAUUCAAGCGGCUCAUGCUGAAUCGAAUAAAGUGGGACGAACAGACAUCGAACACAAAGGGAGACGAUGAUGAUGAAUCCGACGAGGAGUCUGUGAAAAAGACAAACAAAUGUUCUCUGGUUUGGGAGGGCACAGCAAAAGAGCGAAGUUUUGGCGAGAUGAAAUUCAAGCAGUGCCCCACUGAAAACAUGGCACGGGAGCACUUUAAAAAGCACGGAGCGGAGCACUACUGGGACCUGGCUCUCAGCGAGUCAGUAUUAGAAUCCACAGACUAAAGGCCCCUUUUUCUGACAUUUGCAGCGUUUGAUUUUGGGAGCAAGAGCUCUGCAGAGACUUUGGACUUCAAGAUUCCUCUUCCCCCUCCCAGCCCCCUUUCUUCCCUCAAGUUCCUCACAAUGUGACACAUACGAUUAAAAGAAAUAUUUUUCAAAA